UGUCUCUGUUCAAACUUAACUGCGAUAUAUACCCAACAACGGAACGAUGGCUUCACACACCACACCAGUCGGGUCCGCACACCCCAUUAUCGCUCCUGCCAACCCAGUCAACAGCCAGCUGAGCAGCUCACUAAACAACUUAAGCUUGCAAAGUCCUCCCGGUAUGACGACUGCUAGCCUUGAUUCUGCGAAUAGCACGACCGCCUGGAUUUCCGAUGCUCCAACCAAUUCGGAAGACUCUGGAAGCAAUACAGGGGGCCAGCCUGUCAAUAAUGGAACGGGGGCUCAUUUCGUCUUUAGUCCAAUCGAGGAAACAGCAGAUUCUGGCGAAACCGCCGAUACUAUAACUAUUGAAACAAUCACUCGCGACCCUCGGUUCAGUUGCUUCAGUCUAGAGGAGCUUAGAGUUGUUGACUACGCUCAAGGGAGGAAAGCUGUUGGAUCGGGGACUACGAGUAGCGGCUUCUCGCACCAGAAUCUAUCUUCGCUUUCCACUCGUGCGAGGAUCUUACAUAUGCUUAAAGGCUCAGGCAUAGACAUCGUUGUUGGGUCCAAAACCGCUACAUUUGGCAAACAAGAGACAUGGUGCUUGCCAAAGGCUCUGAUAUCAUAUCACUCGCUUUUCUUCAAGGCUGUAUGUUUUCACGACUUCAAGGAGAAGGAGGAAAAUCGCGUCAUCUUAGAAGACGAAGACCCACGGGUAUUCUCCCUCUUCGUCGAGUGGAUGUUUUACAACAGGCGACAAGUUGAUGUCAACGACAUUCAAGAACCACGCUAUGAAACGUCUCUACGAUGCGCAUCAUAUCGACAACUUGUCCGCUUC